AAGCCCAGACCCUCCUUUCCUGCCAGACAGAUGCUUGUCCUGGCUCUCUGCCGUAUAUGUGAGCCCAUAGCUUUCAUGUCGAUCUUCCCUUACAUAUAUUACAUGGUGGGAGACUUCGGCGUACCUGAGAACGACAUCUCCUUCUACGCGGGCAUGGUCACGUCCGCCUUCACUUUUGCCGAGUUCUCCACGGGUAUGCUCUGGGGUCGACUGAGUGACAAGAUUGGGCGCAAGCCCGUUCUGUUGACUGGUCUGGCCGGAACCGCUCUCAGCGUCUUGAUCUUCGGUUUUGCGCCUAAUAUCUGGGUUGCUCUCAUCGCACGAGCGCUCGGUGGUCUCCUGAAUGGGAACAUCGGUGUCCUACAGACUACCGUGGCAGAGCUCGUCACUGUGAAGGAGCAUCAGCCUCGCGCCUACACCAUCAUGCCUCUUGUCUGGUGUCUUGGGUCCAUUGUGGGACCGAUUCUUGGCGGCAACCUUGCACGGCCAUGCAGGAACAUGCCAAGCUUGUUCCCCGAGGACACCAUCUGGGCUAAAUAUCCUUACCUCCUACCCAACCUCUUCAGUGCGGCGACUUGUGUCUUUGGUGUCGUUGUGGGCAUCUUGUUCCUUGAGGAGACUCAUAUCGACAAGAAGGACCGACACGACCCUGGACUCGCACUCGGAGAGAGCAUCAUCCGUCGCCUCUCAUGGCGCACCACUUCGGACAACCACCACCCCUCCGAGACUGCCUCUCUCCUCCACCACGACGAGCAAUACCCUCCAUGCUACCAGACCAACAACUCGCUUCACGACACAACGACACGAGCGAACCACGAGGAUAUGAAAGUCACGGCCGAUGAUCGAACAGCCAAUACUCGGGCUGAGAAGGCACAGAUAUCUGCCGGCGCAGCCUUCACAAAGCCCGUCAUCAUGAACAUCGUUUCCUACGGCAUCUUGGCCUUCCACACCAUGACGUUCGAUCAGCUCUUCCCUGUGUUCCUCAGCUCACCAUCAGUCAAGGAAACACACCCAGUCGAGCUGCCUUUCAAGUUCGUGGACGGCUUCGACUUUGACCAGAAGACUAUCGGCCUGAUCCUCUCGGUGCAGGGCAUCUACCAACUUUUCGCCACCGUGGUCCUCUUUCCCUUUGUGGUGUCACGUCUCGGAACCCUGAACCUCUUCCGCAUCCUGGCCGCCUUCUACUUCCUCCUCUACUUCAUCACACCCUACCUGGUCCUCCUCCCUGACAAUGUCCGCAUCAUUGGCGUGUACGCCGCGAUCAUCUGGCGCUGCACGUUCUCGUCCAUGGCCUACCCCAGCAACGCGAUCCUCCUGACCAACUCGGCGCCGAGCCUACAGACCCUGGGCACCAUCAACGGCGUGGCGGCCUCGACGGCCAGUCUCUGCCGCGCCUUCGGGCCGACCAUCUCUGGGUUCCUGUAUGCCAUGGGCCUGUCCACUGGCUACUGUGGCCUGGCUUGGUGGUGCAAUGGCUUCGUGACCAUCGCCGGUGCCUUCGUCAGCUUCCAACUCACGGAGCCCAAGGGCCGCAUGGACGAGAAGGUCGACGAGGACGAGGAGGCUGCUACCGAG